AUGGGCCUGAAUGAUAGAAUGAACGAAUCUACUAAAAUGUGUUAUUUAAACGAAAGAUGGAAUGGAAGUUUUGAAACUAUUCUUGAAGCAAUUUUCUCCUCUUACAAUCUUACACAAUCAAAAGUAUCUGUCAAAAGGAAAUAUAAUGAAGAAACUGAAAAUGAAAUGUCUGAGUUGAUGAUGCCCGUGAGUAACAAAUAUUAA